UUAAACAUGGUAUACAUCACAGCGCGUCUGGUUGUAAGUCAUUGAGAAUUAGAGCAGCAGCGCCGGACUCUUAUUUUGCCGCGUGUUCGUGCAGCGGAAGCGGAAGCGGCGCGUUGACCGUGUUUCUUCUGUGUGAGUGAGGAUGGCGGAUUUUGACCACGAACAGAUAGAUUUUCUGCGGGAGCGGCACGUGCGUUUCUUCCAGAGCUGCCUGCACGUGCUGCCCGAGAGAUACGCGCCACAUGAGACCAGCAGGUUGACUAUCGUGUUCUUCGCUCUGUCUGGUCUGGAUGUUCUCAAUGCUCUGGAUCUCGUGGACAAGCCCGGUUUAAUCGAGUGGAUUUAUUCCCUGCAGGUUCUUCCCACUGAAGACCAGUCUAAUCUCAGUCGCUGUGGCUUCCGUGGAUCUUCACACAUCGGCGUUCCCUACAACAGCUCGAAGGGCCCCGGGGCUCCUCACACGUAUGACAGCGGUCACGUGACCAUGACCUACACGGGCCUGGCGUGUCUGCUGAUCCUGGGAGACGAUCUGAGGCGUGUGUGUAGAGAGGCGGUGAUGAGCGGACUGAGAGCGCUGCAGCUGGACGACGGCAGCUUCUAUUCUGUUCCUGAAGGGAGUGAGAACGACAUGAGGUUUGUGUACUGCGCCGCCUGCAUCUGCUUCAUGCUGGACGACUGGUCAGGAAUGGACCGCCAGAGAGCCAUCGAUUACAUCUGGAGGAGCAGCUCGUAUGACAGCGGCAUCGGUCAGGGAGCUGGACUCGAGUCUCACGGCGGAUCCACCUUCUGUGCCGUGGCGUCUCUGUGCAUGAUGGGAAAGCUGCAGGAGGUGUUCAGCGAGCGAGAGCUGAAGCGGAUCCGGCGCUGGUGCAUCCUCAGACAGCAGACGGGCUUCCACGGACGACCCAACAAACCUGUGGACACCUGCUACUCCUUCUGGGUCGGAGCCACGCUGGAGCUCUUAGACAUGUUCCAGUACACAGACCUUGAGAAGAACCGCAACUACAUCCUGUCCACGCAGGACCGCUUGGUGGGCGGCUUCGCUAAAUGUCCCGACAGUCAUCCAGACCUUCUACACACGUACUUCGGCAUCUGUGGCCUGUCUCUGAUCGGAGAAGCUGACCUGCGGAAGCUGCAUCCGGCGCUGAACAUCAGCAUGCGUGCGUUCGAGCGUCUGCGGCAGCUGCAGGGGGUCUGGAGAGAGAAGACCACCUGA